GCGAGCAGGUUCGAGUCGCAGCCUGCGACGUUCCAUGUUCUACAAUUUCCUUGUAAACAUGAUCGAGUAGAAUAUCUUAUAGAAUUGGUGUCGAUUACUGUUCACUAGCAUGUUCGCUACUAUCGACCGAAUAGAGCGUGUGAUAAAGGUCAUGAUAAAGGUGAUAAAUGAAACAUAAGUGUGUAAUGCGCCACAAUUUGCUCGCUAUUACUACGUGUUGUGCCCGCAUGUCGCGAGCGCGAAAAAAAUCUAUAUUAUUUUAAAUAAUUAUUGGACCAGAUAGCCAAAGAAUUAACUGUUUCCUGUGCAUAUCAUACAAUACGUUAUCUCAUAUUGUGCAGCGCGUUAAAAUGAAUAUUGUUUGCAAGAUAGAAGUGGACAAUGUACGGUAGACAAUGUAUCGCUCUUCUCUUAUUUAUUCUUGUACAGGCAGAUGAAUUUACCUUGGACAAUUUGCCAUGCACUUAUAAGUUUAAGCAAAAAUGCCAUGGAGAUGUAGAUAAUUAUAAUAUAAUUGAAUACCAUCCUUCAGUUAUUAAUUAUUGUACUGCUGAAGAUGUUCCUGAUGAUAUCAAUUUUUAUGUAAAGAGAGAUGAAAACAGAGGCCAUUUAACUGAUUCUUUGAAAAUUGAGUUUACACCUCCCAAAAAAGAAUGUGGAUUAGGAGUAGCCUUAUUAGUCAAUCCUUUGAUUGAGAAUGAAAGAGAAUGUGGAGAGUAUAAGUUUAAUGAAGUGAAUGACAUUAAUUCAAAUGUACAUACUAUAGAAAGGACCAUGUGUAUUCUUAGAAACACUAAUCAACCUGUAAAAUAUAAUGAUAAUUCGACAGUAUCCUUAUGCGAGGGCAAUAUUAAACUAUGGUUUCAAUACAUCUUUACAGGAUGCUAUGCACUUCGAUUUCACAUAGGUAGACAAAAAUAUGUAAUAAGGGGUCAUAAAUUUAUAAAUACUACUUAUCAAAGUACAGAAGUGAAAGAACCACAGUUUAUCUGUAAAUAUAACUCAUAUUAUAAUUUUGAUCAAAGACAUGAAAUAACAAAUUUUACAUUAGAUACUUCCCUACCAAUAGAUACAGGAUUGUUACUUGAAGUGGCUUUGAUAUCACCACGUAAUAAUUCAGGAAAAGGUUGCGUCUGGAAUAAAGAAUCACUAAUAUUCACAUGGCCAAUCAAUCUGACUAAUUUUAAAGAAACAUUGGAAAAUCAUUGCAAUGUAAAAUUGAUGCAGACAGGAAUCGGGGAAUACAUGAAAACUGUACAAUGUAAUUUUCAAGAACAAACUACACAAACGCAUUAUUGCUUCGUAUUUCGCAUACAUGAUGAUCGAUGCUAUAAAAAUACUAUCUGGAAGCCAGCGCAUGCAAAUACGAUGCCAUGUACAUGGGUGAAACGUUGUGUGAAUACUUCGUUAUAUAACGAAAGUAGAGAGAUGAUAAAAUCAGAUAAAUUGCUGGGUGCAAACUUACAUUUACUGUUGCCUAUCAUCGUCAUUGUAUUGAUUGUAUCAGUGAUAAUUGGAACAUUAUGUUUCUGGCAUCUGUGUAUUCGAAAGAAGAAGGUUACCUUAUAUGUUAAUCCACAGCAUGAUGAUUUUCUGAACUCUGGUUGUUUCGAAUCCACCGAUCUCAGUAUCGUUGAUAACAACGACAGUGAAAAAGAAAUCGAUCACGAUAAUCUUUCUUGCGAUGAUAUUGUUCUCCUUUAUACUAAAAAUUCGAUAUCUUUUAUGGCAUUGAUGAAAGAUUUUCGCAAAACACUUGCCAAGAUGUGUUCCUGUUUCGUAUACGACUGGUAUGAUGAAGCUGAAUGGAAUAACGUAGCUAAAGUUGGUCCUGUUUCAUGGUUCACCAAAUUGCUUAACAGUAAAUGUCGUGUUGUUUGGAUAGAUACACCGACAACAAGAUCCAUCGUUAUAUCAAGGGAAAACGAUUCGGGCCUGAAUAAACUCGGUAAAUAUUAUGAAAUAGGUGGUGAUUUUCGCGACGUGGAAUUUCCCGUUGUACUUGAAUUAGCAAAACGUUAUACAAAUGAUGCCGUGCACCAGUAUCGCAGACAUUUUGUCGUGAGAUUCGAAGGGUUGGAAAGCACGGCAAAUGUGAAUGAUCCGUUUCUGGAUCUCUCUCCUCACGUGCGAUAUCGCAUGCCACAGCAUCUUGCGCAAUUGUGUUUAGACUUAUCGAUGGUAAAACCACUUAUUUCCAAAUAUCAGUUGAAGGCAAAAGAGAAUCUUUUACAGCAGCACUUGAGACUCGUGAAGAUGGAGUCAGUAAUGUGAAAAAUGUCAACUAAUAUUAUAAGUUGUUAUAGGAUUUCAGCAUUAUAUUUUAUAUCUGUCCAACAUAAUGAUACUUUAUUGUUUUCAAUGCAAAGUAUUUUAAUUAGCAUAAAUUUGUUGUUAAUCAAAGAUGCUACCUCAAUUGAAAAGGGAAAUGUCUAUAGACGUUUUCUCUGUUUCGAUAAGAUUUGUAUGUGCGACUUACUUGAGGUUUUUCAAUAACAUUGAAGUUAAGAAGACAAUCGUUGCGUCCUGUAUUCUUCAGAAUUCGUUAAUUAUAAACCACGUUGAACUCGUUGAACGAUUUUGCAUAAUAUCAUAAAAAUAUACCGUAAUUUAAGUUUUAACUUUAUACAUUUAUCAUGUUGAUAUAGAUAUAUUUUAUAUAAUAUAUAUAUAUAUAUUUUUUUUAAUAAAAUUGUUGAGAAAUUAUAUAUACAUAUACAAAAUCUGUUCCAAUAAGUAUUCUCAUUAUCUGUUUCUUAUUUCAUGUUACUUAUUGUGUACACACAUCUUAUAUAAUUAAAAUAUAUUUAUAAAAAUUUCUGUAAUUAUGCACGAUCUUUCUAAAAAAGUAUAGCGUUAUUAUAAAUACACUUUUUUUACGUUAAUUCAACAACUUUUUCAGAUAUACUUUUUAUUAAAAAAGAAGUUAAAGGCUCUAAUAUUGAAUAUCCAUAACUAAGAGCUAGUUAUUUCAAUUUCUAGAUUUACCCAUCAAUCAGUAUAAAUAGAGAUCUUUACAGUGGUUGGAAUACAGAGUAAAAUUACUUCUUGGUAAUAACAAUUUAAUUUAUAAGUAAAUUUUACCAAUAGAUGAAACAACAUUUAUUGAUAUAUAUCUAAUGGAUAAUUGGAUAAAUCUACCAAGAAGUUGGAACAUCGGCCCUAAAGGAAACAGAUUAAUUGAGAGCUAUACGUGGUAAUGAAAUUAUUUUAUUACUUGCUUUAUUUUUAUUAUUAUUACUUUUUCUUGUUGUUUUGAUUUAUACUUUAUUUUCGUAGCUGCAUUCAAUAUUCUUGAACGCGCUUAAUAACAGAAAUAGUUGCUCUUUAAAAAAAUAUGCUUAAAAAAAAUGUAAAUAAAUUUUACUGUAAAAAAUAUUAAUCUUUCUACCUUUAUGAUAUACAACGGAUGGAAUGUUCGUUUUCAUAUUAAAAGUGCUAACAAAUACCAACAUUAUCAUGAUUUGAUUAUCUCAAAGAUCGAUUAGGAAGCAGUGAUGUUAUUAUCAUCCAGUGAAGUAAUCAUUACAUACUUUUUCAUAGUAAAAGAUAAUGCAAUGUAAACUGGUCAUCUAAAAAAUGAAUAAUCCCAAUAUGAAUAUGUUGACAAUAUUAAAAUAAAUAUAUAAUUUUAGCGUA